AUGGCUGCUUCGAUCCCUACUGUCGCCCUGAUCUCCGGCGGCAAAGACUCCUUCUUCUCCCUCCUUCACAGCAACGCCAAUGGAUUCCAAGUCAUUGCACUAGCAAAUCUGCAUCCUCCAGUGGUUUCUUCUUCACAAACCUCCGACCAUGACGACUCUGACGACCUCAACUCAUUCAUGUACCAAACCGUCGGUCAUACGGUUCUGCCACAUUACUCUUCAAUACUAAAUAUCCCGUUAUAUCGGGCGGCGAUAACAGGUAGUUCUGUCAACCAGGACUUAUCUUAUCAUCCUAACGCUACCGCUUCCGUUAAUGGUGGUAAGCAAGAAGAAAAUGAAGAGGUGGACGAGAUAGAAAACCUCUAUGAUCUUUUACAUUCGAUUAAACUGAAACAUCCGGAAUUGAGAGCCGUUUGUUCGGGAGCUAUAUUGUCUUCUUAUCAGCGGACACGGGUGGAGAGCGUUUGUCAACGGUUGGGAUUGAUAUCGAUUGCAUGGCUAUGGCAAAGAAAGCAGGAAAGAGUUCUACGGGAAAUGGAUGUGGUGGGGCUUGAUGCGAGGAUAAUAAAGGUGGCAAGUCUAGGACUGGAUGAGCGGUGGUUAGGGCGAAGUGUGGCGGACUUCAAGACUCGCAUGGCAUUGGAGAACAUAAAGAAGAAGUACGGUGGGAACGUCGCUGGAGAGGGAGGGGAAUUUGAAACGCUGGUGAUGGGAUGUAAAGGGUGGGGAAAGAAAGUAGAGGUUCUGGAGAGUGAGAUUGUAAAUGAAGGUGGUGGAGUCGCUUGGACAAAGUUUUUGGAGACAAAGAUUGUGGAUGCGGAACAUGAGGAGAUGACAGUGCCCGAGAAACCACCACCACUAGAUGGGGAGUUCGAAGCUGUCUUUGAGUAUGUGAAGGAGAUAGAGCCGUCGAUACGGGAUAAAAUACAAUCACCGACACAUCAUGCGGCUACAGAGCCAUUCCGAACGACAGCCCAGGUCUCUCCACACAACAUAUACAUUGCCAAUCUUCACAGUGUCAUAGGGGGUAUCGCCGAACAAGUCAACUCCAUAUUCUCACAGCUUCAAGAGCGUCUCUCAAAAUCAUCUUCAACUCUUCGACAAAUAACAUCUACACUACUCCUCCUUCGCUCUAUGGACGACUUCCAGGAAAUCAACAAGGUCUACUCAUCAUAUUUCACCGGUUUCCCCAACCCCCCAUCCCGAGUUUGUGUGGCUAUUGGGGAUUCUAUGCCGGGAGAUAUUGGUGUUCUGUUAUCUGUGGUAGUUGAUAUGCCGGAACCGGGAGAUAAGAGGCAGGCGUUACAUGUACAAAGUAGAUCAUACUGGGUGCCUGCGAAUGUUGGGCCCUACAGCCAGGUAAUUGCAGUUGGCGGGGUGGUAAGUGUGGCAGGAAUGAUCGGAUUAGUCCCAGAGAGCAUGAAAGUUUGGGAAAGUGAGGGAGUAAGAGGGGAGACCGUAUUAGCUUUGCAAAGUAUGGUUAGAGUAGGGAGGGAAAUGAAUAUUCAUGGAAAGUGUGGGUGGUUAGGAGGUGUGGGAUUUGUGGUUGACGAUAAGGACGUUGGGGUGAUGAAGGGCGCCUGGAAGAAAUGGUUUGAGGGGCUUAAUGAAGAAGAUGACGGCGAACUUGACCAAGACGUUGAUGAGAGUUACUUUGAGAAAUCAGACCAGGACAUCACUUCACCAGUAUCAUCAGGGGUCUUUACAUCUCCUCCAUUGGUUAUUGUACAAGUUCCGCAGUUGCCCGUUGGGUCUCAUGUUGAGUUCGCAUGUCAGGGAGUGGAUUCAACCUUCCUAACCAGAGCGGCGGCGGCGGCAGCGGAUGAAGAUGAUGAAGACGACGAGGAGGACACAACUGCACUUGCACAAAACCCAUCAACAUUACAGAUCGAAACAGAUUCUUCGAAACCACACGGUAAUAGCUUCCAAUAUCACUCAGUCUCAUUCGGUCUACAACAACUUAUCUGGGGGGUUUCAGAUGAAGAAGGAGGUGAUCUCGACCAACUUAAAACUCUUGCAACAAGAAUGGUGACUUUGCAGAAAGCCGGAUAUAAAUCAGUCAGCGUGACAUUAUAUCUAAGCACGGAUCUGUGGGCGCACGCCGACAGCCUAAUUAGACAUCUUGCAGAUGUUGGACUUCCGGGCGUUUGUUGCGUUCCAAUAUUCGGGGUCUGGUGGGCUGCGGACGAUGAUGUAAAGAAACAAUGGGAGUAUCGGGUCGGGUUCACGAUCAGGGCUGUGAAGGGUUGA